AUGGAAGAUAAUACAGCUCAAAUUGUAUCCUUUAUCUAGCUUGUUGAUCUAAUGCGCUUACUCUAUUCCCCCCUAAAUAUUUUUUUAAAAAAUUAUUUUUUUAAUAUUUUAAUUAAUAAUUUUAUAAUUAAAUUUAUUUAUUUUUACCCUGGGAGAGUUAGCUUCAAAUUUCUUCAACCAAGCUGCUGACCUUCUUCAAUCCCGAGUUUCCUUCCACCCUAUCGAAACUCCAACUUUAGACAAACAAGAAAAAAGAAAAAAAUGCAAAUUACAAUACAACAAAUCUUGCUAUCAGCUUUUCAUGCUCGAAAGAUCCAAAACCCUUAAACAAAACCCUGAAAAUGCUCGUAUAUUUUAUUUAGCGUUAAAACUUAGUGAGAUUUCUAAAUUAAUUUCUCAAGAAUGGAAAACUAUGCCAGACGAAGAAAAGAAAAUCUGAAAAGACAAGGCCGAUCUCCUUAGAGGUAUAGUAAAAAACCCUAAACAUAAUGAUGAAAACCCUAAGCUUUCUCUGCUAAAGCUUCUGGAGGAUGAAGACGAUAUUUUUGACGUUUCACAAAACCACAAUGUAGCAAUAAAAAAUGAGUCGCCAAGUCAAACUGAUGAGAACACUGAAAGUGAUGAAGAGGAGCCUAAAAAGCAUAUGAAGCUUGAAAGUUGCUAA